GAGGUACCCAGUCAAAUCACAUGACCCGUAUUCUACAUCUCGCUGCCUACCGUAUCGGACAUUCGUCGUUGGUUAUUGUGCCCUGCGUGGAUUGAAAGACUGUAAACUUGCAAUUCUUCGUCCUAAACAAUUUAGCGAUUGAACCCACACAGGAAUUGACAUGUCUGAUAUUGUUCCCCCGGAAGUGAGACCCAAACCUGUUGUUCCUGCCAAGCCCCCUCAUGUGGCACCCCCAGCCACCCCACACACCCCCUCCCCACAGCAGGCGCCACCGGUUGGAAUUGGUGGCGGGCAUGGAGUUGGGGGCCAAGGUAUGGGCGGCGGCUCCACACUGCUGGGCUACAUCGGGAUUGACACCAUCAUCGAGCAGAUGAGGAAAAAAACCAUGAAGACGGGCUUUGACUUCAACAUUAUGGUAGUUGGUCAGAGUGGUCUGGGGAAGUCGACGCUGGUCAACACUCUGUUCAAGUCCCAGGUGAGCCGGAGGAGCACAGCCUGGGGCCGUGACGAGAAGAUCCCCAAGACUGUGGAGAUCAAGGCAGUGUCACAUGUGAUUGAGGAGGGUGGAGUCAAGAUGAAGUUGACAGUGAUUGAUACCCCUGGCUUUGGUGACCAGAUCAACAAUGAGAACUGCUGGGAGCCCAUCUCAAAGUACAUCAAUGAGCAGUAUGAGAAGUUCCUGAAGGAGGAGGUGAACAUAGCGCGAAAGAAGCGCAUCCCCGACACAAGGGUCCACUGCUGCUUGUACUUCAUCUCCCCAACCGGCCACUCUCUCCGGCAGCUGGACGUUGAGUUCAUGAAGCAUCUGAGUCGAGUGGUGAACAUUAUCCCCAUCAUCGCUAAGUCUGAUACCAUGACCCCCGAUGAGAAGAUGGAGUUCAAACAGAAGGUGAGGAAGGAACUGGAGGCAUGUGGGAUUGAGUUAUAUCCUCAGAAGGAGUUUGAUGAGGAUAUGGAGGACAAGAGUGACAACGACAAGAUCAGGGAGGCGAUGCCCUUUGCCGUUGUGGGCAGCGACAAGGAGUACCAAGUCAACGGAAAACGAGUUCUGGGGAGGAAGACAGCCUGGGGAGUGGUAGAAGUUGAAAACAGCAAACAUUGUGAAUUUGCUCUUUUGAGAGAUUUCCUGAUCAGGUCACACCUCCAAGACUUGAAGGAGGUCACCCACAAUAUCCACUAUGAAACAUAUCGUGCCAAGAGACUCAAUGACAAUGGAGGAUUGCACCCCAUCUCAUCCAAUGACACCAACCUGUAAUUAGUUUUGACUCAUUUGAGAGAUAGAGAACCAAAAAAGAGAAGAUGAAAAUAGACUAAUCUAUGUUGUGAGAUGGCAUCACUGCAUGCUAGGAGAACAUGUACAGCUGUGAAAUGACACUCAUAUCAUGCAAGGUUCCCACAUCUUAUCACUCAUCUCGUCACUCGUGUCCUGUAAGUUCCUACAUCCAAGCCACGCCCCCCACACACACACAUCCGCGUCUCUUCCCUAUGCCAUAUUAAACUCAUAGUUUUCCUUCAAAAAUACAAAGUCAAUUGCAAUUAAUAAUAAUAAUCAAUUUUAUUUAAAGGCGCUUUUCUCGGCACUCAAGGACACCGUACAGGGGUACAUAAGACAUUAAAAGCAGCAAAAUAAAGAAUACAACAAUAUUAAAAACAACAGAAGAAGGCAGAGCAAUUGACAUUAAAUUGUAUAAGCAGUUUUAAACAGAUGGGGUUUGAGUUGCAAUUUGAAAUGGGGAAUUAUUCGAUAUUUCUGACUUGGGGUGGUAAUGAAUUCCAGAGACGGGGAGAAGAGCGGCUGAAUGCUCUACUCCCCAUGGUGGUGAGGCGGGCAGAAGGGACAGACAGGUGUAUGGAGGACGAGGAUCUGAGGCAGUGGGACCCUGGAGGAAAUCAAACAAAUACGGGGGGGCGAGGUUGUGGAUGGCCAAUUGGAUGAAAGAUUACGGUUACUCCAACUACAUUGAAUUAUUUAUUCACGAAACGAAUCCCCUCCCCCCACACACACACACAUUUCUGGCCAUUUUUCCUCACACUGUACUCAUAUCUUUUGUGUGCAUUUUAUUUUGUUUUUACUAACCACUUUUCUAAACAAACUAAUUCAGGAACAUCAACCCAUCCACUGAAGUAUUGUGAUAGAAACUAUUAUAAUUGUCUCAAAGCUUGAUGUAUUUAUGGAGAAACAGACCUCAAAACUGACCAAAUUGAUUCCUCUCAAAAAUUGGUGCCAAUAUCAUUCUGCCAACAACUAUUCUCUCUGCCAGUUGGUGGCAGUACUCCACAACAAUCUCUGCGACUCAAAAGACAGUCAGGAUAUGCAGUAAUCAUCUUGCACUUACUGCAAAGACACUUUGGUAGCUUUACCCUUGUGUUAUCUUCG